AUGGGUCUCUCUGCGAGACUCCGACGUGCCCCUAUGCCACAGACUUUCCUCUUCACCCUUCCUCUGUCGACUGGCGCAUCGCUGAUAACACUUUCCCUCGUCCUUAAUAAGCUUUCAGGUCUCUAUGGGAUGAUCGCAUUACUCACAGGCUAUCACCUAUCACCUUUCCAAUUGUCGAUGUACGUCUACAGUCUCGUCUGCCUGGCCAUCACAGUUCUCCUCAGCAAGCACAUCAAGUCGAAUUCGCCAUUUCACUGCCUUGCGCUCGCGUGGCUCUACGUCCUCGACAGUCUGAUCAAUGCGCUCUACACGGCCGCGUUCGCAGUGACGUGGUUCCUUGUGCUUUUGGGAAAAGGCUCUGGACCAGGUGGAGAUACGAUCAAAGACACAAGCGGCUUUACUGAUCCGAAGCACAAUGUGAGCAGUGUGGAUGUGAUCGCCGCGCCAAACAACGACGUUGUUCCUGGUCAAGAUGCUGUCGCUGGUGGUCAUCCAGCUGAUGCGCCUCAUACUGGUGUGAAUGGCAGUGGCUUCCUGGAUAAGCAGUCUAUCAAUUCUAUUGUUGUCAUUGUUUCGCUGUGGACAAUCAGAGCUUAUUUCUGCUUGGUUAUGCUGAGCUGGGCACGGAAUGUGGUCAGACAACAUAUCGCAAUCGUCAGCGUCAGAAGCGGGCAUUAUUCGAAUGCCAAUAAGGGUUUGGCUGAGGAUCCGUUCGCAGAGAGUCAACCUGAAGGCCAAGGCUGGAAAGGCAGGCUAGGAAGAGCCAUGAUUACUAUUGGACGUACUUACUUCCUUGGGCCUGAUGCUGAUUCUGACGAUGAGAGCUGGGUACAGAAUCUUGGACGCAAAUUUGGUAGUCACAAGCACGUUGCUGGUCAUGAGGCCGGUCUGGCUGAUGCAUCUGGGAAUGGAAUAGGAAUACAGUUACAAAAGGUUGAUCAAAGACCAACAGAAAGGGAGAGGCGGAGGAGGAGUGGUACUGGACCACCACUUCCGGAGGUUCAGGCGCAAAAAGUGACAGAAGAAGAAGGAGCUGGAUUGCUAAAGGUGCCAAAUCCAUGA